CUCUCCUUCUAUUCUUCAGGUACAGAAACUCUCCUGUCUUCAUAUUUCAUAUAUACAGCUUUAUAGAUACAUAUAAUAUUAGUUCUUUUGUUCAUAUAUAUAUAUAUAUAUGUAUAUUUCAUAUAUAGCAUCCAUAAAUAAGGUCUUAUAGACACACACGCUAUUAAGCCCUCAAGAAGCUUUCUGCAUAUUCACCAUCCUGCUAUUCAUUCUUCAGUUUCAGAAACGUUACACUUUGCAUUCCUCUAUUUCAUUGCUAUACACACACACACACACAGAGCCUGAGACGUCAUCUCUUAGAUACAUAUAUAUGCAUUUAUAUUAUUAAGCUUCUAGAUAGCCUCAUAAUAGCUCACUGCCCAUACAGGUUUCUGAGUUUCUACCUAUUAAAGCAAACAUGUCAAUGGCAUUUUUGCCAGGUAUGGAGACAAUACAGACACUUCUGCCAUCCGCAAAGAAUCUUAGCAAAUCCAACAAAAAAUGGCGCUCUGCAUUUGUUAGUAUAUAUUGUUACAGAGCUCUCUUGUCUCACUUCAAAUCCACUUUGCUUCCCUCCCCCACCACCAUCAAGAACAAGCCUAAGCUGUCACCCUGUUCCUCCUAUACUGUGAUCGAUUUAGACACAGAUCAUUCCUUCUUCAGUGUUAGCCAAAACACACUCACCAAUCUCGUGAAGGAGAAAAAUGAAGAGACCCUGCAAAAUAUUGGUGGGGUGCAUGGCGUGGUCUCGGCUCUAAAAACCGACAUUGAAAAUGGAGUCAAAGGCGGUGAUGAUGAUGAUGAUCCCAGUGACGUCAUGCGACGGCGCGACGCGUUUGGAUCUAACACCUAUCCCAAACCACCUAUAAGAGGCUUCUUUCAUUUUGUGAUUGAAGGCUUCAAGGACCCCACCAUUCUCAUUCUCUUGGUUUGUGCUGCUCUGUCUCUUGGCUUCGGCAUCAAAGAGAAUGGAAUCAAGGAAGGCUGGUACGAAGGUGGAAGCAUCUUCGUUGCUGUUUUUCUAGUUAUUGCUGUAUCUUCCAUCAGUAACUUCAGACAGCGCAGACAAUUCGACAAGCUGUCCCAGGUUAGCAAUAACAUCCAAGUCGAUGUUGUACGAAGUGGUCGCCGACAACAAGUUUCCAUAUACGACAUCGUGGUGGGCGAUGUUGUGUGGCUGAAGAUUGGAGACCAAGUUCCUGCUGAUGGCUUAUUCCUGGAUGGCCAUUCUCUGCAAGUUGAUGAGUCAAGCAUGACAGGUGAGAGCGACCACGUAGAGAUUAAUGGUGGAAAAAACCCAUUUUUGUUUUCGGGGACAAAGGUGGCUGAUGGGUUUGCCAAGAUGCUCGUCACUUCCGUUGGUACCAACACAACAUGGGGUCAAAUGAUGGGUUCCAUAAGCAGAGACAAUAAUGAAGAAACUCCUCUGCAAGAACGCCUCAAUAAGCUUACUUCUGCCAUUGGCAAGGUUGGUUUGGCAGUGGCUUUUCUUGUUCUUGUUGUUAUGUUAGUUCGCUACUUCACAGGAAACACAACUGAUGAGAAUGGGAAUAAGGAGUUCAACGAAAGCAGCGCUAAGUUUGAUGACAUAAUGAAUGGAGUUGUGGGAAUCGUUGCUGCUGCCGUUACUAUUGUCGUGGUCGCGAUUCCAGAAGGGCUUCCUUUGGCUGUGACAUUGACACUUGCUUAUUCCAUGAAGAAGAUGAUGGCUGAUAUGGCUAUGGUGAGGAAGCUCUCUGCCUGCGAGACAAUGGGAUCAGCCACAACCAUUUGUACCGAUAAGACUGGCACACUCACGCUUAAUGAGAUGAAAGUGACGAAGUUCUGGCUUGGACAACAACCUGUGGAAGAGGAACCUCAUCAAUCAUCAGUUCAUUCGGAUGUCCUACAACUAAUCAAAGAAGGGGUUGCCCUUAACACCACAGGUAGUGUUUACAAGUCUAAAACAAAAAAUUCUGAAUAUGAAUUUUCAGGUAGUCCAACAGAAAAGGCCAUUCUUUCAUGGGCUGUUCUUGAUUUGGGCAUGAACAUGGAGGAAUUGACACAAAGUUUUACCAUCCUUCAUGUGGAGGCCUUCAAUUCAAAGAAGAAAAGGAGUGGGGUUUUGAUUAAAAGGAAGGCAGACGACAAAAUCCAUGCACAUUGGAAAGGAGCAGCUGAGAUGGUGCUCAGGUUGUGUUCAAAGUACUACGAUGCUUCUGGCAAUAUGAAAGAUCUUGACGAUGACAAAAAGCUAGUCUUUGAGCAAAUCAUUCAAGGGAUGGCGGCCAGCAGCCUUAGGUGUAUUGCUUUUGCACAUACAGAAGUAGCUGAAGAAGAUGAUAGAGGAAUCAAAGAUGUAAGAGAAGAAGGGCUCACCCUCUUAGGACUUGUUGGUAUUAAGGAUCCAUGUCGUCCAGGAGUCAAGAACGCUGUAAACAAUUGCCAACAAGCGGGAGUGAAUGUCAAAAUGAUCACAGGAGACAAUAUUUUCACAGCCAAAGCCAUAGCCACAGAAUGCGGCAUCCUUCAACCUAAUCAAGACACAUCUGAAGCAGUCAUCGAAGGUGAGGUUUUUCGAAACUUGUCUCUCAAGGAAAGACUAAACAAAGUGGAGAAAAUUUGUGUUAUGGCAAGAUCCUCUCCCUUUGACAAGCUCCUUAUGGUUCAAUGCCUCAAACAGAAAGGUCAUGUAGUUGCAGUCACAGGAGAUGGCACCAAUGAUGCUCCGGCAUUAAAGGAAGCUGAUAUAGGACUUUCGAUGGGGAUUCAAGGCACUGAAGUCGCAAAGGAAAGCUCAGACAUUGUUAUCUUGGAUGAUAAUUUCGCCUCAAUUGUCACAGUUCUUAAAUGGGGAAGAUGUGUUUAUAACAACAUCCAAAAGUUCAUUCAAUUUCAGCUUACGGUAAAUGUUGCAGCUCUUGCAAUUAACUUUGUGGCAGCAGUAUCAGCAGGAGAAGUGCCAUUAACUGCAGUGCAGCUAUUGUGGGUGAACCUAAUAAUGGAUACUUUGGGUGCUCUUGCUUUAGGAACAGAGAAGCCUACAAGGGAGUUAUUGGGCAAUCUCCCAGUGGGUAGAACUGAGCCUCUCAUCACCAACAUCAUGUGGAGAAAUCUCUUAGCCCAAGCUUUAUACCAGAUCACAAUUCUAUUGACGUUACAGUUCAAGGGUGAGGCCAUAUUUGAGGUGAGUUCAAGGGUAAAUGACACUUUGAUUUUCAACACAUUUGUGUUAUGCCAAGUGUUCAAUGAGUUUAACGCAAGGAAGUUGGAGAAGAAGAAUGUGUUUCAAGGGAUUCACAAGAACAAGUUGUUUUUGGGGAUUAUAGGGAUAACCAUUGUGCUUCAGGUGUUGAUGGUGGAGUUUCUGAAGAAAUUUGCAAAUACUGAGAGAUUGAACUGGGGGCAGUGGGGUGCAUGCAUUAUAAUUGCAGCUAUUUCUUGGCCUAUUGGUUGGCUCGUCAAGUUCAUUCCUGUGCCAAAGAGACCAUUGCUUGGUUUCCUAAACCUGAAGAAGCAAUGAAUACUUUCUAGUAGAUCAUUAUGUGGUGUAGUGAUGGUCCCUUGGAUUUGCAUUUUAAAUUUUUAACAUUUGAUUCAUUGUAAAGAAAAUAUUCAUUGCUUAUUUUUCUUUUGCUAUUAUUUCGAUUAUUGUAAUAUAAUAAGCAUUUGACGUGAAUAAGCAGAUUCAUAUCUUGG